CCUUCCCUCGGAGUCUGGAACAAAGCGGCAGCCGCGUUGCGGUGAAACCCAUUCAUGGCGGACAUCGCGGGCAUCAUCUACACAUCCAGGGCAAUAGAUUUUGGUGGGAUUCAAAGGAUUAUCGCAUACCCCGCCAAUCACCAUGAGCGUUCCGCUCUCCUGGCGUUGUAUAAUGCUCUGAGCUUGAGGGGUGAUCUCACUGUUCCCCAAGAGGCUGAGCAUCAAGUUCCCCUUCAAUCCCUUGUGUCGCGUUUGCAAAGAAAAUACCGCCGCUCACACUUGGGCCUUGGUGGUGGUGACGUGAUAACCAGAAUUGAAAUGAAUAAUUGCAUAACAGCAUUGUCACGGGCGAUUAAUGUUUCUGUUGAUUUCACAAAAUCUGAUGGUAUCACAAGCAAUACUGUAAAUCUUGAGGUAUUUGAACAUCUGAAAGUCAGUUUACAUCAUGGCAGGAUUGUUGAUCAUGAGAAUGAAGUAGUUGCCAAUGCUAUUGGAGUAGGACCUCAUGAAGUUUUCAGGGCAGCAGAUCCUGAUGCACCUAUUCAGAUUAUUAAUGAAGAUCAAGAAGUAGUGAAUUUGCCGGAAGUAGUGGAGUUCUUGCAGGGCACAGGUUUAACCGAUUUCGGGUUACAACAAUUGAUUGAAUCUGCCCAGGAUGAGCAAGUGUUUGUUCUAUUCUGGAAUAGAUCAUUUCAUACAAUGAUUAAGCACGAUGGCAAUUUGUAUGCUCUACACAACUAUAUGGAUAACAUAUCUACAAACAUUGUAUGGAGAGAGUUCAAUUUACAAGGUGAAGGGCAAUUCUUUACCAGCAAUUUUGUGCUAGUUUCUGCUGCUGUGCUACAAGCUGAAGCUGUUGUAGAAGCUGCUGAAGGAGGAGUGCCUCCGCAAAUGUUGCCAGGCCCUGACCAGUCAGGGUCAAGUUCACCUCUCAAAGCCCACCAAUGCAAUAGGCGAAGUUGUCAGCAUGUCUAUUUGUCUGAAGUGAACUUGAAUCGCCAUAAGCAAAUUCAUUCUAAAGAUCCAAAAGUUACAAUUAUUGGAUUCAAUAAAGAUGAAAUUGGUAAAUUCUGGGAUAAGUUGAAUAAUAAGGAUGCUUGCAUUAUUACUUCGAUUAUGGACAUGAGAAUUCAGGAUAUCCAUGGUGAUCUACUCUGCGAGCUUAUUGAGCAGACUGCUCCAGAAGACAUAUUCUAUGGCAUAGCAAAUAAAUUGAAGGAUACCCUUGCUGGUAAGGAAAAAAUAUCAUCGAGUGAGCUUUUUGCUCUUCUUGAUGAAGGCAGUGAGAGAACUGCCUUCUCAACUGAUAUUCGCCAUUUGCCCAAGAAGGUGCUAUCUUGUGAGAUGGGUGUUCUUGCUUUAAAAGAAACCAGCAAUGUCAUUGCUUGCUGGUGUUUCUUUCUUGAAAAAAGAUUGAUUGAUGAUUGGUCUAAUUAUAUGGAUGCUGAAUCCACAAAAUUCGCUAACCUUCUUUUGGAUGGUGAUAAAGACUCAAGAUUUCACAUAUGCCCCAAUCCAGGUUGUGAGUUAAGAUUCUUCUCACAAGUAAAUUACAAUAGACAUAUGCAAACUCAUAUAGAAGAUCCAAAUGGGAAGGAUUUUGUUGAGAAAAGGACUCAAAUUGGUGAAUAUUUCGAUAAGCUUAUUACAUCUGAUUCGGCUGGACCUGUGUUGUCACUUGAUCAAGUGAACAUCAAGUCAUUCAAGUGGAAGACUGUUAAAAAGUUAUUGAAGAAGGAGCAAAAUCCUUUGGUUGCUGGAAAGCUGUUGGAUGCCAUCAAUACAAAGAAAACAACAGCAGAUGAACUAUUUGCAGCGCUAGAUAAAGCCAGUGAGGGAACAUUGUUUACCAAUGAUGUACUUAGUUGUGAAGACAGCAAAAUCUUUAAGGAGUGCAUACCUACACCAAUAAAUGCUACUGCAGCUGUUAGUUAUUUCUUGGAAAAAAACUUGAUUGAGAGAUGGUUUAAAUCCAAUGCUACCAAUAAAAUUGAUUUGCUAGGGCAAACUGCGGGCCAACAGCAUAAGCAAAGAUCAAACUUGCUGAUGCACCUUUACAAGGUAUAUGAAUCUGCUCCCUGUGUUCCACCUGCAGACUAUGAGCCGUUGAAUGCUCUAUUUUCUAGAGGACUGGAGGUCUAUGCCUGCAGUUUACUUUUAUUGGAUGCAGUCUAUUUUAAUGGACUUAAUGCUUCUGUGUACACUCAGACUUAAGUUCUCCCGUUACUUUGGCACGCAUGAUAUGGACCAUAGAAAGCUUGGUUCAAACCAGAUGGUGCUCGAUAUGUUGAUUACUGAUCUGGUUCUUGGACAAGCGCUUGCUCCUUAUUUAACUUACUUGAUAUUCUUUGUUGUUAAAGUUACUAAAAGUUAGACCAUUUUUUCGUCUUAUCAUAUGUUGAUUGAUUAUUUAUGGCUUAUUAAAAAAUUCUCUCUUUCAGAGUAUUUUGAGCCUUUCAUACGUUCGAAGCAUAUGAUGGUGAGGUAUUUUUGUGCGUCGAGGAUGACAAGGAUGAUUCAUCAGAGGAAAGCUCUGAUGAUUCAAGUGAUGAUGACUGAAUUCAUGUUUAGAAGUGUUUCUCUUAAGUCAUUGAUAUAGCCAUGUUUAGAAGUGUUUUUCUUAGAGUCAUCAGUUAUUUUGAUGUAAAAUAUUACUCCGUGCAUUGCAUGGAGCCUCCCCUCUAUCGUGGUUUUUGUUAAUGGAAGUUUACAUGAAUAAAAAUUAUGUAUAUAAAAAAAUAUGGAGUCUGUAUGGUGAUAUUAAUAUUAUACCCCUUUUGCUCUAUAAUGGUCAAGUCUGGUACUUUUGAGUUCA